AUGACGAAAUACGGUGAUGACGAAUUUUUAAAAGAAAGUUUUUCCACGCUCUUCCAAAAUGAUUUGAAGACAAGUGAAGAGGAAAAACGCAAAAUGUUCCAUUUACUUAGACAGACACCAAUGGAUGUAUUAUCUAUGGAAUGGCUGGUAUCAGAACCACAUACUAUCGAAGCAAGAGCUUAUCUAAUUGAUAAUAUUUUGCCUCAAGUUGUUUUGGGUCUGGAAUUUAUAUUAAAAGAAGCAACUCAAAGAAACCUGAUCACACGCGACCUACUGGAUGAAACAAGUUAUCGAGCAGGAUUAGACAGAAAUUUCAAUCCUGUUAACCGAUUAGCUGAAUACUUAAUGCGCAAUAACCAUAAACAUAAUCAUUUCAACGAAUCUUCACCUUAUGUCAGAGGGUUAAGGUAUACAUUGGCCAAGUUGCAACAAGAAAUGUUUAUACAGUCAGGAAACCAGCUGGCUAAAGUAAAGCUAAGUGCUGGUGCCAGACGUACAGAGGAAAAACAAAAAGAAUUGAAAGUCAAAAAAGAAUAUGACAGACAAAUCGCAAUAAUUUCCUCGAUCUGUGACAGUUUGAUACCACCUAAAAAAAAUUCAACGAAUGCAAAUAUGAUAGAGGAUGUGGUACUUACAUUUAUGGAACUGACUAGUACACUACCAGAAGAAAUAAAACAGUGCUUGAUGCGAACUUUUAAAACUCAAUUAACUAAAGACUACCAAACGUUUUACAACCAAGAACAAUUUGUUAAGUGUUUCAUGAUAUAUGCUAGAUUGAUGUCAACGGAUGUUUUCGAACAGUUGACAGAACAUCUAAGACUUUGUACGGUAGAAUUUCGUAAAGCAGAGAAAAGAGAAGAACGACGGGAAUUAUUGAAAAGUUGCUUCCGUUCGUGUGAUUUAGACAAGUUGGAUGAAUUAUCUCGUGCCCAAGUUUUUCAACUGUGUGAAGAUUACUUUGAUACAUGCCAACAAAUUAUCAAAGACAAAAUCCAUGAUCCAGGAGAUUGGUUAACAAAAGAAUAUCAUUUGAAGUUAUCAGUAACAGAACCUGUUACAACUAUGGAUACAAAUGAAUGUCCAUCUUUAUCUAAAGUUGAUGAUGAUAACAACAUAAAGGACAAACAACAUUCUCUACUAAUCGACAAUGGAAAUAACUCAGACAGUGACAUUCAACAUGAUGAUAGUAGCUCACUACAACUAGGUACUCGGCAGCUCGACGACAUUACUAUCUUUCGCACUCAGUCUAAUAUUAAAGAUCAAUUGAUAAAGACUUGUCAACUGGCCGAUACAGCUGGUAUAACACAAAAUCAGUUUAUCAGUAUUAUGGAGUUCAUAAUACCAGAAACUGCUUCUUCGAGAAUUUUUAAUAAUUGCUUAACACAUUUGAAAAGAUAUGAAGCUUCAGCUGAAGAACGUGAGGAAAGAAAACUUCAGCAUUUUCGAAAGACUUCAAUAAUUAAAAAACAUCAACUACUGAACAAAAUAUUUCACACGUUAGAUCAAGAAUGUUCUGGAAUGUUAAACCUUAAGAAAAUUGAAGAUUUUAUAUUAAAGUAUGAAGACGGAUUUUAUAAGGCUCAUUUGAAACAAGCUAAGUCAGAUUUAGCUUCUAACAUUCAAUCGACUUCAAGGUCUUUUUCAACGUCCAAUGCUCAGGUAACUUCAAGUUCUACAUUUACCAGCAGUUUCAUUUCAUCAUCCGAGAUGUUUAGUGAUCCUUCAUAUAUUCAAAGCUCAGUUAAUCAAUUACAAAAUUUACAUUAUUACAAUUAUCCAGAAAAGUCAGUUGAAAUAAAUAUCACUGACUUCGAAAUUCUAUUAGAUCACAUAUUUUGGCCUAAAAAUAAUCAAUAUCUGAGUGGUCAUGAUGAGUUUGACUUCAGUUGUUUGGAAAAGUUUCUUAAUUACUUAAAAGAAAAAUUGAUACAAAAUAUAUCUGAGAAAAUAAGAAGACAAAUUCGAUGGGAAUGGAUAGAGAAAAUUUUAUCAGUUUCACUGAAUACAUUUGAUAAUUCAAUGGAAUUAGUUUAUAAAACCGUUUUCCAGACACUCAUAAAAGAUACAAUAAAACAUGGAGCACAAAAGCAGAUCAGUGUUAACAUCGCAUUACUUUAUUCAACAGAAACAACAAAUGAUACAUUACCUUUAGAUACAAAUAUACAAUCCCGUUUACAAUAUGUAGCAGCCAUACCAGAAUCGGAAGCUAAAAUUCUGCUUGGUCAAUGUCCACAGAGAGAUGAGUCCGAUUUAUUGUUCAAGUGUUUAAGAACUGGAUUAACAUUGGUUCAUUCUGAAAUGUCAAAAUUGAAAAGAUUUUCGCGUACCGAAAAUAAAUCAAAUAACAUGUCAGUAUGUACUGAAACGAACACGGAACAAAGUGAUCAGUUACCUUCAUUUUCUCUUGCUAUACCAAUACCCACUGCUAAGAAAUACUUUAUCGGAGUAAUGAAAGUAAACAAAUUGAAAAAUAACAACCAGCUACCAAAGUUUGAAGAACAUGAAAUUCAGUUUUAUCGCGGUGUAGCUUAUCAUCUGGGCUUUGCUUUUUCGCUUGUAAAGAGUCGAUACUUACUCAGUUCCAUGAUACAUAAUGCAUUUGAUUGGAUUUAUAAACGGCUAGGCAAUAUUGACGAAAUUGCAUUUUACCACGGAUGUAAUGAUGGUGAAAACGAUGAGGAUGGUGAUGUUAAUCAUCCGACAACAAUAGAUUCGACAGAGGAGAAAACAUAUCCACCUAACAAAGAAAUUAAUUAUAAAUUGCACAAACUUGUAUCAAAACAUGGUAUUUACCAAACAACAGUUCAUAAUGACAUAUAUGUUAUCAAUAAAAAGAAAAACUACCUAUAUUAUUAUCUGUUCGACGUACUAGAAUCCGGAUAUUCAUUGGUGAAUUUCGUACUUGGUCGAAAACAUUAUACAUUUCCAUUUACUGAUUCCAAUAAUAAAGUGAUCGGUGUUAUUGAUGUGCGUUGUUUAAACUCCCUUAAUAAACAUCAAUUAGAUUAUUUACAUAAAAGUUUAAUACUUUUUCAAGAAGGUUAUGAACAGUUAGUAAACUAUACAGGAGUAGAUACAAAUGGUCAGUAUAAUAAUGCAGACGUAUACAAGACUAUAUCAAAAAACCAAGCAGAAACUGAAAUUAAUUCACAAGUUGAAGAAGUUAGAUCUGACUGGAUAGAUGAAAAUAAUAAAUUUAUGCCUAAAAUUAUUGUGAAAAAAUUAGCAAAAAUGGAACUGAGUCAUUUAACUUUAAAGAUUGAUAAAGAUCUCUUCAGAUAUAUAAAAAGAUAUGAAAUACAGCUUUGUAAUUCUGAAAUUUAUCUACUCUGGACCGUCAUCUUGUUAUUGAAUCGUUUUCAAGGAGAUGAAUCCUUAAAUCAGGAAAAUAUUUUCAAACUUUCAGAUUCAAUGAUGGCUGAUAUUCAUGAAUCGAUUGUAGAUUAUGAUCCAUUCGUUGGUGAACAACAGCUAAUUAAUUCACAAAAAUCGCGGUUAAAUGAAAUCUAUGAAAAAAUAUCAAGUGAACAAUUAAAACAGCACUCAUGUCAAUCAAUGAUAAAUUUAUACGAAUGGCUGACAUUGUGCAUGAUUGUCUCGGAAGAAAAUCUUCCUAUGCAUUAUGGAUAG